UUUACUACUCUGGAGCAGUUACUUGUUGAUGAAAAACACCCAUCUAUUGGUACACUGACUGGUUGUAUAUCCCCUGAUGAGCUCCUCAAUAUCUGUGAUGUCAAGGGAGAUGAUGAUCUCCAAGUUUACAGGCUCAAUAAUGACAAGACAAUUGCAUGGUUAAAGACAAAGGUAUACUAAGAUGUUGAAUUACUAAUAGAUCACCUGGCAGAUCAGUUAAAUGUUUACUGAGACUGUGUAUUAACAAUGUCACGCAAGGGAACCCAGCACAUGGAAAGUGGCUUUGUUCUUGUCUGAUUGUCACUAAAUUUUGAAAUAGGAUGGGAAAUGGGAUUAGAAGAGAUACGGAUUUGACAUAUCAUGUUUUUCUCCUUAAUAGCCAGUGCUCAAAAUCCCUGCUUGCUGUCCCUUAAUUUGUUAAGAGCCCUCAAAGGAAUUCAGAAGCUAGAAUUAUAGCAACCAGACACCGUAAACUCUGAUGAAGGGUCUAUACCCAGAUCUGGAUAGUGCUUAUUAGUUGAAAAUUUGCUUCAUCCAAUCAGAAGCACUGCCCAGAUCUGGGAAGUGUAGCAUCUCUGGCAUGGAAUUUCUGCACUGUCUCCUCCGACAUCAUUUCAUGGAGGAAACCAGUGAUGGCAUCGCAAAAUGGCUGCUAUUUUCUCAAGCUAUUAGUAAAUGUAAUUAUGUGAGCCAAUCUAUGGAGAACAACUUUUCUUGUUAAUUUCCACGUCAGGUUGAACAGACUGCUGAUAGUGUGUCAUCAAGUGGUGUUCAUGUAUCUAAGGGUUCACAAAGUGCAACGUUUGUACGAAGCAAAAGACAUUGUGAUGCGUCAAGAGGUACUGUUCAUUAAUGAUGAUGGCUGAAUAUUAAGCUCUUUUGGUUGGGUUUGAUUUGCUGGUGCAGGUAAUGGUGCAAUUGAAGCCGCCAGGAUUAGGGUUAAGGUUCCAGUGACGGGACCUUUAUUAGGUAGCUACAUAACUUAACAUUACCUUAUUAUUUAAAUAGCGCAAAAUACAUGGGUAUAUGAUCUAAUGUGCUUAUUAUAGCAGAGAGAUUUUUAAACACUGCAUGUGAACUAACUGGAAGUGGACUUUUGUAUUCUUAGCUGGUGGUUUUGCCCAAAUUUUCAGGCAAGUUGUCUCUAUAACAGUAAUGAUACUUAGCAAUACAAAUUUGGUAGCAUUGGGGUAUAUUAAAAGGAAUAAGGCCUCAUCUCUGGCUGACAUGCCCAGCUCUAAAACACCCUAAUGCUUUAGCUUCCUAUUCACACCUACAUGUACACAUCCUCAAAUUAAACCCUCCCAGCUAUGAUGCCUUCCUCAAAGAACUUACCAACUUGACAUGUACUUACUGACCUUGGUUUUGUAAACAUGGUAAACUUAAGUGACUAUGGUGUUAAGUGUGCAGAAGCUACCUCUCCUACUCUGCAUAAGUGUUAAUCCCUGAUCCUGGUACCAAGCUCAGUGUGAUAUUAGGUUAAUUAAAAUGAAAAUUGCAAAGUACAAUAAAUAGACAAAAAUAAUAAAACUAACCUUAGAACUAACCUCAGAACUAACCUUAUUCGUCUUGAGAUUUUACAGAAACGAGUGAUCAGAACUAUAGCUAAAACAACUUUCGAUGCACAUACUGAUCCAAUCUUUCAAAAUCUUGGUAUCUUAAAAUUUCAUGAUAUAUACUUAAUACAACUAGGCUUAUUCAUGUACUCCUAUCAAAACCAUACUCUACCUUUAAAAUUUCAUUGUAAAUUUACCUUACAAAGUCAAAUUCAUUCGUAUAAUACAAGAAACUCGUGUAAAUUUCGUCUGCCUUUCUGUCGUACUCGAACCAAACAAUUUUCCGUUUUUUAUCAAGGACCUAAAUUUUACAACACCUUAAACACCAACAUCAUCAACGCUUCCUCACCUUUCUCCUUUAAAAGAGCACUUAAGGCAUUUAUUUGUAAUAAUUAUUAGUAUACUCCAACAAAAAUUUUGGGAAAAAGCCUUUUAAUAUUCAACAUUUGUAAACUUCCGUAAUAUUGAUUAGUUUAAUUUUUCACCUCAUAUUAUGUUGUAUCCGUCGCCGUAAUUUUUAUACUAUCUUCGAAAAAUUGUAAUUGAGGAGGCCUAAUUAACAUAAGCUCUAUAGUUUCUUUUAGGCCUCCUCGCCAUCUCUUCCUACAUUUUUUUCUUUUGGCAUCUUUUUGUAAUUAUCGUAAUCGUGUGGCAAAUAAAUAAAAUACCUAAAAAUACCUAAAUAAAGUUUGAAGUACAUAAUUAAGUAUUUGUUAUUAAAACAAAAUUAUUAAAUUUUAAUAAUUUUGUUUUCAGGCGACUAUGUUAGAUAUGCCUUUGGUCUAGUGUCUGACUAUCUGUCUUUGCAAUGGAGUGAAAGUCUUAAAGAGUCUUUAAGGUAAGGAAAUGUUUACAGACACUGUAAAAGAAGCCGCUGGUUACUUCUAGGUUUUACCAGUAUUUGUCUUAGUAAUGUGAUUGAUUGAUCAACCAGUCAAGUGACAUUCUGCAGAUUAAAGUGAUAGCUAUAGGUUUCAAUUUCAGUCGGCCCAUCAAAAAUGAACCUUUCCUGUGACCAUCUUCAUUUCUUAACAACUGGCCUGCAUAACAGGCUUUUUUUUUGUUUUUCAGGUGAACAAAGGCAACUCGAAUUAAGCUAGGAGUGCCAGACACGACACAUUUUUCCUGCACCCUUUCUUGUUGUGUGUCUGGUACUCCUCCCUCGCUUCAUGCAUGCCUUGCUCACCUGAAAAGCACUGAAAAUAAUGCGUGUUAAGCAGGCUAUUUAGCAGCAGACAGAUGGCAACUGCUUCAGGGACGUUCAUAUUCUGGCAUCUGAUCUUUUUCUCAUGACAGGACUUCUUGAAAAAAGUCCCAUCCAUUCCAGUGGUCGGGGACGAGUAGACUUUCUUGCUGAGCGAGCAACUUUAAAAGCUUACUUGCCCAAUGGGCAAGCUUAGGGUUCAGGCCAAACAUCCUGACUCUUAAAAAAUCAUUAACUGAGAUGUAUAAAAAGUUGCCCAGGUUAAGCAAAAUGUGGAGCUGUUUGCCCAAAAGACCAGCUUGAAUCUAAGUGUUUUUCAAGCUCUGCUUUAGUGCAUGAAUUAUAUUUAGCACAAAACCUCUUCUGUGAUAAUAAUAUUUUGCACUAUGUGUUCUGUACAUACAAAAGCAUUAAGUAUCAGUCCUUAAGCUUAGUUAAUUCCUGAUUGUGUUGUUUAGUAUCACAGAUGAUGCUCAACUCUCCUCCCCUGAGGCACCUCCUACAAAGGUGAGAGUUCAGUGUUUAGUGCUUGGUUCAGAAUGUAACUGCAAUAGGGACAACUACAGUAUCCCCACAUCCUAGUUGCUAUUCUGACGGCCACUGACUAAACCUUGAUUGGAUCGGAUCACUCCAGCCCUUGUAACCCUGCAUGUACCGUUAACCUCUUGCUGGAUUGAUCUGGUCCAAUCCAGGCUUUGUUUGCACCAUAUUUUGGCAGAUUGACAUGCUAAAAUAACGCCAAGCCCCAGUUGUUCCUCAUUAGGAUGGAUAGUGUAACUUGUUGUAUACUUGUAAUAUAAUUAUCUGGCGUGUUCCAGGUCUUUUGGCAAAGUGUGUAAAAAAGUAAAUGAAUAGAUAAAAUAAAUAAAUUAAUAAAUAUUUGUUCAAUUGCCUUUUUUUCUAUUAGAGAGCCAAAGUUACUGAUGAGAUUCCAGAGGCUAUGGAAGAUUAUUCCAAAGAAUUCAGCAAGUUGACUUCUAAGAAAGAAAAUAACAAGGUUCUAUUUUAUUUACUUUUUAUGGCAUUCUAACUUACUAUGCCCGUGUAGCAAGGCGUGUCACACACAAAACUGACAUUCAAAGUAGGAUGCCCAACGUUAGCUUGUCCAUAAUAAUACUUUGAAGCUGUUGCCCUACAAGGCUAUUCAGCCAUCAGCUUUCCGUGCUGGUUCCUUUCCAAAGUUUAAGAGUCUUAGCAAGGUUACAUUUUGGGAAACACAACUCUGGGCUCGCGCAACAUAACUUCGGGCAAGGUAAUUUUGGGUUGAGUGGAGUUGUAACCAUGGUCAUCUCUUUGCAGUCUCAGCCUUAGUGAACGAACCACUGUUAUGCCUCAAUACCUUUAGUUUUUUCAGAGGCAUUGUGAAACCUAUCUACCGUGUAGUUAGUUUGGUUUGGCUACGGGCCUGUCCUUGUUUAUUGAAAAAACUCAUGCAUUGACAGAAACGAUUAUGAAGAAGAACUUGUAAGGCGUAGGUUUGUCUUACUGUUUUAACAAUACCUUUAGUUUCUUCAGAGGUAUUGGUGCUUCCACCUACCGUGAGUAAUUAUUUUGCUUUGGCUACGGGGCUGUCCUUGUUCACAAAAAACACGAGUCUUCGCAGAAAAGUUGAUAAAAAUGUGAGGAGAGGCUUGCAAGGCAUAGUUUUGUUUCACGCAAAUUUGGCCAUCAUUUCAAAAAAUUAAUGAAGUUAAUCCCCCCCUCACGUGUUUUAUUGCAGACUAGUAAAAAGUUAACAGCUGCACAGAAGUCAUUAUCAAAGGUGGACAAAAAAGGAAUGAAGUCAUUAUCGAGCUUUUUUGGGGCUGGAACCAAGAAAACAAAGAAAAGCUAG